ACGUCAUCGUCCUCGGGCGGAUUUGGAGAAGCGAGAAGUGAGAAAGGCCGUUGUAUCUGUUGUACUAUCUGUUUCUAUGCGGAAGGACUAUCGUAGAUAUGAGAAGAGAAGCCGAUGUAUUGCUACUGUACUUGCUUUAUCCAGAAGUGUGUGACUGUAUUGCUAACGACAUCACCCUUCCUCGACGAACGUUGUCCCUGCUGUGCAGCCGCAGCUGGCUCCUGGUCCUCCGAGUCACAUCGCGCCAAACGAAUCGCCACCGAUAGACGCGGAAAAAGGAGAGAAAGAUGACGUUUCCACGAUGUAUCCGUUCUUGCUAACCUUGCGAUAUACUUCACGUCUGCUCAAG